AUGAUUAAAUAAAUUACAAUAGCUUUUAGUGUUCUUAUAAUAUUGAUUGCAUAUAAGCUUUAUGACCUUGGUCUUGGCUACAAGAAGGAAGAAUUCACAAAGUAUUAUGGAAAUUGUGAGUACAUUAAAACAGAUUUGAAUCUUAUUGGAUCAGAAGAUGCUGUUUUUUAUGAUGAAGACACUUUAAUUGGCUGCCAUUCAAAUCUUUUUAAAAUUUAUUUUGCAGCAGUACCUUUAGAAUAAGUAGAGAAAGGUGGGUGCUACUCUGUGACUGGUAUUGUAUCUGGAAAUCUCAAAGUUGAAAGACUAGAAUUAAAUUCAUAUCCUUCUGGAUUAGAUUUCUUUCCCCAUGGCUAAUACAUAAGAGAUAAUAAUUUUUAUGUUUCUAAUCAUGCAUAUAACAAAGGAAAAGGAGAAAGAAUUGAAGUUUUCAAAAUUUAAAAAAGCAAUGAUGGAAAAUUAUCAUUAAAAUAUGAUCAUUACACUUAACUAGGGUCAAGAUUUACAGGAGUUGCAAAUGAUUUAGUUGUCUUAAAUGAUAACAGAUUCUUAGUUACUGAUUGGGUUCCUGUAGCAUUCCCUCUAGAAGGUCCAACACAUGCUUCUCUAAAAAAUAAGAUAAUUUAAAAUAUGUAUUAAAUGCUUAAAAUUAAAGGAUCAAAUCUUUGGGAUUGCUAAUUUAAGGUAAAUGAUUUAAGUACUUGCCAAAUAGUUUAAGGUAGUGAAGGUGUUAUGGUGAAUGGCGUUGCUUUUGAUUAAAAAGACACAAUUUUGAUUUCUGAUACUUUCGGAAGAGAACUUCGCUCCUUCAAAUUGUAAUAGGAUGGUUCAUUGCAGCUAUCUUAAAUCCUCAAGACUAGACUUGCAGCUGAUAAUAUAAACUUUGAUUAAGUUAGAAAUUAGUUUUUGGUAGGAGGUACUCUUAGUUUUCUUGAUUUAAAAAACUUACUUCCUGCUUACGAGUAAGUAUAGAAAAAUCCUGGAAGCUAAUCUUUAAUAACAUACUGGGGAGGAGUUGAUGCAGUUAGGUUUGAUGCAAAAACAAAUGAACUUUCAGUAUCUGAGUUAUUUACAGCUGAAAAAGCUAGUGCUGUUUUAGCUGGAGGACUUAUUUCUGCUUCAGGAGAAACACUUUUCUUGACUACUUUUUCUGAUAAAUCAAUAUCAGUUUGCAAGAAACAGAGCUGA